AUGGUGUUGUCCACCAACCCUGGUGGAGUCGACGAGAAGCGUCAGCGGAAGAAGCUCCAGAAUCGGAAGAACCAGAGAGCACGACGUCUUCGUAUCAAAAAGGAACAGCACGAGGAGCCUGACCGGCGUCCCUACAACGUGCAUCGAUGGCGACUCGAGGAAUACGAGGCGCCCCACAGUACUUCCUGGAAGCUAUACAGCUCCCAGCCAUCCCCUCAAGAAACCCACGGGGAUGAGAAACACAUCGAACAUCACAUCCCUAGUUCAUUAUCAUCAUCAACAACCACAACCCCAUCCAAGACUCACAUAAUCACCUCUCAACAGGAAGACCCUAAACUCCCCUUCCCAGCCGACAACCUCCUCCACCUAAUCUACUACAACGUAUUCUGGGGAUUCUUUCAAAACAAGGUCCUCCUCAGCCAACUAACAAUGUCCCUAAUCCCCGGACCACAACCCAUCCAGAUAGUCCACCAAGGCAACUUAUUCCCCCUAUAUAACGUCAUCAUCCCCACAACACCCAACAUCCCAAAUUGCCUCGUCCCAACACAGUCCCAAGAAAACUUCAUCCAUUGCUCCUGGAUCGAUUUCAUCCCCUUCCCCAGAAUAAGAGAGAAUCUGAUCACCUGGGAAGCCAACUUCGAUCAUGCAGAGUUUGUGGAAGACUUGAUUGGGUGCUUAGUUGAUGGAAUGACUUUUCCUGCGCCGUCGUCGGAUUUGGAUCCGGCGGCGACGGGAAGCAUGGUGCUCACGGGGGGUGAGGAUGAUGAAAUCACAGCUGCAAGGAAGGGGCUUAUUAUCUGGGGUGAGCCCCAUCGGGCGGAGAGUUGGGAGGCAACGCCGGGGUUCUUGAGGAAGUGGUCGUGGGCUGUAGAGGGGUGUGACGAGUUGAUUGAGUUUAGUAAUCGGUGGAGGGUGAGUAGGGGGGAGGAACCAAUGAGGGUUUCGUUGUGUGUGUGA